ACAUUUACACACACUUUUACACACAAACAGAAACUGCCGCAAGUUCCCCUAUCUGCCAGAGCCAGUUCCUCCAUCUAAGAUGCUGACUUGUUGAUGUUGAAGGGGGACAAGUGCUUGAAACCUGCCAGCUCUUGCACUUGCACCCAAAAAGCUCAUUUCAGGCGCCUUCUCUAAACUUCAAUUUGUUGCAGGAAGCAGCAACAUGAGGUCUGCUCUGCUGCUGAUUUGCGGUUGAUAGGCAGCAGCGAGAGACGGAGCAACAGGCCGGUUUCCUCGGGCGUGGAUGACUUCUCUGCGUGAGGCGGCCCUCAUCUCGCCCGCCUGUAAACACGCACAACAGGAGGAGGAAGAGGAGGACGAAGAGUAGGGGUCAACCAUGGAGCUGUAGCUCAGAUGCCCGAGCGGAUCGCCACCGGAGGAGGAGAGCGCUGCAAUGAACAAGACCAAGAGGAAACCCAAUGCUGAGACUCCCGGUGGGCCGAAGAGCAGGAAGCUGGUCCAGCGCCGGAGGAACACAUGCCCCAGUCCGCAGGACAUCAGCAAGGCCCUGCAGAGCCCCGGGUCGGCGCCCAGCGCCAGCGCCGCCAGCCUGGACGAGCUCAUCCAGCGCUGCCUCAACUGUUUCGAUUCGGAGGGGAGGACCUCCAGCUCCCGCGGCUCGCAGCUGGUCCACAUGACCCUGAUGAUGCACAGCUGGGUGGUCCCGUCUCAGAUGUUCGUUCAGAAACUCCUCACCUUAUAUCCUUUGAGCCGCUGCUGCUGGACCGACUGGCGCUCCGCUCCAAAAUCACAUGUUUAGAAAGUUAUAAUCAGAUCAGCGAACAGCCGGCGCUUUGUUUGGACUCCUGCAGAGCAGCUUGGAGUUCACGUCCUUCAUUCAGGUUUGAAUCUUUGACUCCACUUCCUGUCACAUAUAAGGAUUGUCCGCUGGACAAACGGGGACUGAGGCGGGCGCAGAUCUGCCACCUGGUCAGGCAGUGGAUCAGCCAGUUCCCGGCUGUUUUUGAGAAGGACCCCCUCCUGGAGCAGACCAUGGGGGACCUGUGGGAGCUGGUCCGGCUGGACGGAGAAAAGACGCACUCGCAGCUCAUCGACACCUCCUGCCCGAACCCUCAUGUGAACGCAUCGCAGGCGCCUUCGCCCUCGGUGAAGAAGAGGAAGGUGUCGCUAAUAUUCGACCACAUGGAGCCGGAUGAGAUGGCUGAGCACCUGAGCUACCUGGAGUUCAAAAACUUCUGCAACGUCUCGUUCCUGGACUACCGCAGCUACGUGGUGCGAGGCUCUGUGAGGGACAACCCAGCGCUGGAGAGAUCUGUCAUGAUGUGCAACGGCGUCUCGCAGUGGGUCCAGCUGAUGAUCCUCAGCAGACACACGGCCCAGCAGAGAGCCCAGGUCUUCACCAAGUACAUCCAUGUGGCUCAGAAACUGAGAGCCUUGCAAAACUUUAACACUCUAAUGGCGGUGACCGGAGGCCUCUGUCACAGUUCGAUCUCUCGCCUCAAAGACACGUCCAACCUGCUGCCCCCUGACAUCACUAAGGUCCUGAGUGAAUUCACAGAACUCCUCUCUUCGCGGAGCAACUACAGCAACUACCGGCGCGUCUACAACGACUGCAGGGGCUUCAAGGUGCCCAUCCUGGGCGUCCACCUGAAGGACCUGAUCUCGCUCAACGAGGCGCUGCCGGACUACAUCGACGAGGAGAAGAUCAACCUGAGCAAACUGCAGCACCUGUACAGCAACAUCAACGACCUGCUGGCCAUUCACAGCUGCAAGCCGCCGUUCGAGGCCAACAAAGACCUUCUGCACCUGCUCACGCUGUCUUUAGAUUUGUACUACACAGAGGAUGAGAUAUAUGAGCUGUCGUACAACAAGGAGCCCAAAAACCCCAAGAUUCAGCCCGUCGCUCCUGUUAAACCGCCGGUAGUGGCAGAAUGGGGAUCUGGGGUCACCCCCCGGCUGGACUCCGACACCAUCUCAAAACACGUCAAACAGAUGGUGGAUUCCAUCAUGAAGAACUACGACCUGAACCAGGACGGCUACAUUUCACUGGAGGACUUUGAGAAAAUAGCAGCCAACUUUCCAUUCACCUACUGCACUCAAGAAACUGACAGGGAGGGGCAAAUUAGCCGAGAAGAAAUCACCUCUUACUUCAUGAGAGGAAUGUCGGUCUGCGCUAAGCUGGGCUACAACUUCAACGAAACGCACAACUUCCACGAGACGACGUACAAGCGGCCGACGUUCUGCGACACGUGUGGAGGCUUCCUGUGGGGCGUCAUCAAACAGGGCUACCACUGCAAAGAUUGUGGGAUAAACUGCCACCGACACUGCAGGGAUCUGGUGCGGACGGGUUGCCAGAAGAAACACAAAAACACAACUGGGUCGUGUCCGUGCACUCCCGGUCCUGACUCCAGAACCAAGGGCAACAGCUGGAGUUCAGAAGAAGAGGCUUUCGUUUUCCCCCCAAGCAACGACACUGAACAAAACAGAGUAACGUCAGACUGGACACAGAACUCAGGCGAUUCCACGCUGUCGGACCGCUCCACUCAGACCGACCCCGGGGUCUGGACGCCCGAGAGGAGGGACCGCAGAGGAAACCACCUCAACUGUGUUGGACAUGCGUCCCCUGACAGACGGACCAAGACGCUGCCGCAUCGUAGCAGAGGUUGCUCCAUGCCGGUUUCCUUCCUUCAGGACAAGCUGGACGAGCUGCAUCUGCACAAAGAGAAAAGCCGAGAGCCGGACUGAACGCUCUUCCUCCUGCUCGGACAAAAAGCCACCCGGCGCCGCCGCCAUGUUUGUUCCGCCGCCGACGUCAAACUCACGAGACUUUUGGCUGUAAAUGGACUUCAUAGUUGUGACGUUCUUGUUAGUUUGACUCUGGAGUUUUUUUUUGUUUGUUUGUUUGUUUUGUUUGUUUCUUAUGUAAUUUAUGAAAACCUUGUUUUAUUUUAAGAACAUGUGCCUUGCAUUUCUGGUGCUAAGAUAAAUUUCUGCAAACCUACAGACAUUUCUUGGGCUUAACACACAGGAGCAGGGUAGGAAAUUAACACUAAGCAGCAAAAACAAUUAUGUAGUUCAACUUCGGCAGCUAUAUGACGAAUGAUUAGUAAAUUGGGUAAGUAAACGCAUGACUUUAUUUGGGAUUGAAUUUGAUCAUUUCACUGAAACUGGGAAAAAUGAGCCGGAACACCAACUACCCCCAGCGGAGGCCGAUUUCCGGUUUCAAUGUGGCCGCUCCUCACAUCAAUAGCGGCAAGAUGUGGUGGAAACAUGUUUAUUUUACAAGUUGUGUAAAAAUGCGCCUCAAAUCAAUGUUGCAUGUGGCGUCUGAAACAACAAAAACUAAAGGCAGAAAGUAAAACUUGAAAUGUAUUGAAAACAAUGUUUAUGGGCAUCGCCAUGUUGGUGUUUUGGGUAAAAUCCAGCUUUUAGUUCCCAGUACCAGGGCUACGAUCAGAAAAUAAAUUCAAAUUAAAGUAAAACAGUAAUGAAGUCAAAAUAAUACAAGUAUUUGUAUGACUUCUCAAAUUUUGAUCUUAGUCUCUUAAUGACUCAAUCUGUUUUUUGCGGUUUGCAUUUUUAAUGGAUUUGCAUUUCUACUUAUGAUAUAACCUAUUAAAACUCGUAUUUUGACUUAGGACAACUUCGAAAAUAGUCAAAAUGAUACGAGAAAGUCGUAUUACGAGAACAGAAUGACAAUUUUGUUGAAUAUAAGAAAAGUUGUAACAUAACUGUCAUUUACUUAUUAUUUCAACUUUAUUCUCAUUUUAUAUUUUUAGCAUGGCCCUAGUACUCUAUUGUACGAGGUAACUGGAAUGCAGCGCAACACUGGAUUCUUCCUGCACCACUCGAUUCUGUUUUAAAGCAACAUGCAAACAAAAUGUUUUUUUCCUGCCCUGAAAAUAACUUCAAAUUUCUUCAUUUACGGUUCAGCAGGACUGCACUGGAACACACAGUCUGAUUAUUCUCAUCUUCCUCCUUUUGUCCUUUGUUGAUUUCAGUUUUAUCAAAAAAAAAAAAUAAAAUAAAGAGAAACACAAAUACAGUCAUAA